AUGAGACCUACAGCGGUGUUGCUCGCUUCGGACAUGGCUGAUGAGAGGCUGGGGCAGCUGACGAAAGGACACACAAGAGAAGGAGAAGUCAAGCCCGUUGUCAGCAACAAGGGCAAUUGGACCGAGUACGAAUCGUCAUGCUUCGACCAGACCAGUAUCAUCGCUUCCGGAGGCAUGUUCGACCUAUUACCCAAAACCGACAUCAGAAUGAUGGUUUUCGGCGCCUCAGACUGCCACUUUUUCGACAGCUUGCCUGGAGUGAAUGUUUGA